AUGUCUAUCAGGGACCUAUAUGAGAAGUUUCUGGCCACACCAGCAGAAGAGAUCCUCUCCCCAGACGCGUCCCUGCAUUAUAUCCCGACAACUACAACAUUUAUGGGCGCAAGCAAUGUCAUACAACACUUAAUUCAGGAGCGCCAUGCAGUCAAGAAUAUGGGCGAAAAAAUCUUGAAUGUGGUGGAGGGGAUUGAUUCACUCUGCUUCGAACUUGAAUUGACAUUGGAAUUUGUUACAAACGGAGGAUCCUAUCUCCCUGCACUGGAUGAUAAUUUUGUGGUUAAUCGCAGGGUGAUAUUUCCAUUGAUACAUAUCGCCCACUUUGAUAGUGACAGCAAGAUUUCUCAAAUUAGAAUCUUCUGGGACCAGGGUGCGCUUUUAAAACAGGUGGACAUUAUCGGCCCGCGUCACUAUAAUUGGCCGAUACGUGAUGGAACAGAACAGUCACGUUUGGCAAUUUCCUCUAUUUCAAUGGCAGCAAAAGCUCUGAUGAAGAGGAAUAUCAAAAUGCAGCAGGAUUCUCCUCCAAAAAUUACUUCUGACCAGAGCCCGCACCCUCCCCCGCCCCCGUUUGGACUGUUGGACGGGCCACAUUCGAGUGAGGCAGAGCCUGUCAUUUCCGCUGCAUUGAUAACCCCCCAAAAAGGAGAUCAAUGCCAAAAUAGGUCUCUUUCAACGCCUAAAGUUACCUCCCGGAUACUUGAACAUUUCGAAUUUGGGGAAGCAAAAGCUCCACCUCCCAGUGCUAAAUACCCCAAGACAUACGACCACUUUGAAUUCGGUGAAGCAAAGGCUCCAGCAAGAGUGGAAGUAGCAAAAACAAGUAGAGUGCAGAACCACUUUGAAUUUGGCGAAGAACCUCCCGAACGCACGAAACCUACCAAAGAGGCUAUUCACUUUGAAUUGGGAGAAGCUUCCCCCAGCAGCACUACUUCACAUAUACCCGUGCGCCCUCGAUCGUCCAAGCAUGAAUCGCAGUGGGAUUUUGAAGACUUUGUGACACCGGAAAAACCUUGUCAAAAAACUCGAGCGCAAGAUAUCCGUCAUUUUACCUGGAGUGAUGAGGAUUGUGAGGCACCUGAUACGCCAAAACCCAAGCCUAAGAUUUCUCGCCCAAGGCGCGAUAUCGAAGCCCACUUCGUGUUUGAAGAUAACGGCACCCACAAAGCAAAACAAGAAUCAGCCAAUAAUUCCCAGGGAACAACAAGCAGUACAUAUCUUGGACUCUAUCAUAAUAACCUAUAUAUCGACACCGCUGGCAACGUGAGGCCACAAGUAGAAUCAAACGUACUUUCAACUGUGCCAGACCUUUCGAGCCGCAAGAAGGACUUUGACAGCCAUUGGGACCUGACUGACGGACAAUCAGAAGGGGAACCCGGUAAAAUAACGCAUUUAGGCACUGGCCGAACUAGAGUAACUCAAAUGAUGGAUUCGGCUUGGGAUAAAUACGACGAUGAUUUGAACAAUAAAAACAAUAAUGGCGGCCAUUCGCGCACCUGCGCAAAAAGGCGCAAUCAAAAUACAGCUCUGCCCAGCUGGGGGUUUGGGGACGAAAACGAUAUCUGA